AGGUUUUCGAAAUAUGACCUAAUGAUUCUCUGGAUUUCCUCUGUGUCUGUUGUUAUGUCCCCCUUUUCAUUUCUGAUUUUGUUUGGUUAGUGUGGAUAAAGGUUUGUCUAUUUUGUUGAUUUUCUCAAAGAACCAACUCUUUGUCUCAUUGAUUCUUUGUAUUGUUUUCUUUGUUUCUAUUUUGUUGAUUUCAGCUCUGAAUUUGAUUAUUUCCUGCUGUCUAGUCCUCCUGGGUGAGUUUGCUUCUUUUUGUUCUAAAGUUUUCAAAUGUUCUGUUAAUUCACUAGUGUGGGAUUUUUUCCCAGCUUCUUUAUGUAGGCAUUUAGUGCUAUGAACUUUCCUCUUAACACUGCUUUUAUUGUGUUCCAUAAAUUUGGGUAUGUUGUGUGAUCAUUUUCGUUACAUUUUGGGAAGUCUUUAAUUUCUCCCUUUUUGACCCAUUGAUACUUCAGGUGAGCAUUGUUUAAUUUCCAUGUGUUUGUGGACUUUCUGGUUAGUGUUGCUGUUGAAUUCUAAUUUUAAGCCAUGGUGAUCCGAUAAGAUACAUGGAGUUAUUCUAAUUUUUGUAUCUGUUGAGGUCUAUUUUGUUACCUAGUAUGUGGUCAAUUUUUGAGAAGGUUCUAUGAGGUGCUGAGAAGAAGGUUUAUUCUUUUAUGUUUGCAUGGAAUGUUCUAUAGAUAUCUGUUAAGUCCAUUUGAGUCAUAACAUCUGUUAGUUCCCUUAUUUCUCUGUUAAUUUUUUUUUUUGUCUGACAGACCUGUCCAGUGGUGAGAGUGGAGUAUUGAAGUCUCCCACUAUUAGUGUGUGGGGUUUAUUGUAUGAUUUAAGCUUUAGAAGUGUUUCUUUUACAUAUGAGGGUGACCUUGUUUUGGGGGCAUAGAUGUUCAGUAUUGAGAUUUCCUCUUGAUGGAUUUUUCCUGUGACUAAUAUGAAAUGUCCUUCUUUGUCUUUUUUGAUUGAUUCUAGUUUGAAGUCUAUUUUGUUAGAUAUUAGGAUAGCUACACCUGCUUGUUUCUUAGGUCUGUUUGAUUGAAAAAAAUUUUUCCCAACUCUUUACUCUGAGGCAAUGUCUGUCUUUAAGGUUGAGGUGUGUUUCUUGUAUGCAGCAGAAGGAUAGAUUCUGUUUUCAUAUCCAAUCUGUUGUUAGCCUGUGUCUUUUUAUAGGUGAGUUGAGUCCAUUUAUAUAUUAAGGGAUAUUAAUGACCAGUGAUUUCUAGCUCCUGUUAAUUUAGUUUUCGUUGUUGGUGAUGUUAUUUUGUGUGUUUUUCCCUACUUUAGGAUUUGCUGCUGUGAGAGCAUCAAUUGUCUGUUUUUGUUGAUGUAGCCAACUUCCUUGGGUUGGAGUUUUCCUUCUAGUACUUUGUGGGGCUGGGUUUGUGGGUAGGUAUUGGUUAAAUCUGGUUUUGUGAUGGAAUAUCUUGUUUUGUUCUUCUAUGGUGAUUGAAAGUUUUACUGAGUAUAGCAGUCUGGGCUGGCAUCCAUGGUCUCUUAACAUCUGCAUAACGCUUGACCAGGACCUUCCGACUUUCAUUGUUUCCAUUGAGAAGUCAGGUGUAAUUCUUAUAGGUCUGCCUUUAUAUGUUACUUGGCCUUUUUCCUUUGCAGCUCUUAAUAUUCUUUCUGUAUUCUAUAUACUUAGUAUUUUGAUUAUUAUGUGGCAAGGGGACUUUUUUUUUUAUCUAGUCUGGUGUUCUGUAAGCUUCUUGUAUCUUUUAGGCAUAUCUUUCUUUAGGUUGGGAAAGUUCUUCUAUGAUUUUGUUAAAUAUAUUUUCUGUGCUUUUGAGUUGAGCUUCUUCUUCUAUACCUAUUAUUCUUAGCUUUGGUCUUUUCAUGAUGUCCCAUAUUUCCUGGAUAUUUUGUAUUAAACUUUUGUUGGAUUUAAUGUUUUCUUUGACUGAUGCGUCUGUUUCCUCUAUUGUAUCUUCAGUGCUUGAAAUUCUCGCAUCCAUCUCUUGUAUUCUGCUGUUCAUGCUUGCAUUUGUGGCUCCUCAUUGUUUUCUCAUGAUUUCUGUUUCUAUAAUUACAUUGGCUUGCAUUUUCUUUAUUGUCUCUAUUUCAGUUUUCAAGUCUUGAAUAGUUUCUUUCAUAAGUUUGAUUUGCUUUUUCUUGGUUUUCUUGAAAGGGUUUAUUGAUGUCUUCCAAUUUUUUGUUUGUCUUUUUCUUCAUUUCUUUGAGGGAAUUUUUCAUUUCUUUUUUAAGGGCCUCAAACAUUCUCCUAAAGUUUUUUUUUAGGUAAUUUUCUUAUGCUUCAUCUAUAUUUAGUUGUUCAAGUCUUGCUGUUUUAGGGUCAUCAGUUUUUACUGGUGUGUUGCUCUUUGUGGUAUUGCAUGUGUUCUUACCUUGUCUACUCAUCUUUUCCUCUGAUAGGUGUGGUUGGGGCUGUCUGUGACUGGGGAUCAAUCUUCCAGGUGCCAGUGGAUCCAAGGCUCAGAUGGUGUUCUUGUGCUGCAGUCAUGGCCACAGUUCCAGUCACCAUAUUGGUCACUCCAUGUUCCUGGAGAUUGCUCGGUGCUCCCGGAGUUUGCUGUGCAAUACCAGGGGUCGUUCGGGCCUGCAUCCACAGAGAUUUCUUGCUUGUGGCUCUUUCUGCUGAGGUUGCUGCCUUGGGCCUGCUCUGGCAGAGGUCCUGGCUCAGGCCUACUCCCUCGAUGGUUCCAGAUCCAUGCCCUGGACCCGCAGAGGUCUCUGGUUCCAGCCUAUUCCCUCGGAUGUCCCAGACUUGUGUCUGGACCCUCAGAGGUCCUGGCUCAGGCCUACUCCCUCAGCAGUUGCUGCCUUGUACCUGCUUCUGUGGAGUUCACUGUCUCAGUCCUGUUUCUGUAAAUGUUCCUGGUCUGGAUCUGCUCCUGAGGAGGUCCCUGACUUGGGAUUGGUCCCACAAAGGUCUCUGGCUCUGGUAUAUUCCCUCGGAGGUCCCAGACUCACGCCUGGUCCCCAAGAGGUCCUGGCUCAAGCCUACUCCCUCGGAGGUCCAAGACUCAUGCCCUGUGGGUGUUGGGAACUGAGCCCAGGACCCCUAAAAGAGAAACAAGUACUCUUUAUUACUGGGCCAUCUCUCCAGCCCCUUUAUAUAUAUAUUUAAAAAUAUUUAUGUGUUUGUGUGUGACUGUGUGUGCAGGUAUGUGUAAGUGAAUACAGUUGCCUGUGGAGACUUGGUGUGGUGUUGGCAUCAAACUUGGGUCCCCUGCAAGAGUAGUGUGCAUGCUUUCAACUGCUUAGUGCUCUCUUCAGCCCUGGUUUUAUAUUAUCUUAGGGCUAUUUCUUGAAACCAUCACACAAGCAUCAGUAUAGUAUUUAAAGAUUUUUAUUAUUUAUUGUUACUGUAUUGUGUCUAUGGACAGUGUGUGUAUAUGUGCAGACAUGGAGCGCUCAGGGAGGUCAAAAAACAACUUUCUUCAGUAGGUUCUCUCCUUCCACAUGGGGACUUCUGGCCAAUCCUCCAUUCUCUAUUUUGCAUCUCCACGUGGGAGUGUGGGGUGAUGGAUACAAGGCAUUGCAUUUGGCCUUUUGUGGGUUGUGGAUCAAACUCAGGUCAUCAGGAUCACCUCACAAGCACAUUUACCCUCUGAGCCAUCUUGUAAGCCCCGGGGAAUAUUUGGAAGAUAGUUUACAUUUAUUGAACAUGUUUCCCUAGCUAAAAGAAUACAUGAAAAGGGGCUGGCAAGAUGACUCAGCAGGUAAAGGUACUUGUAGUGCAAGCCUGGUGACAUGGGUUUGGUUCCUGGAACCCACAUAAAGAUGGAGGGAGAUAGUUGACUCUACAAAGCCAUCUUUUGACCCCAUAUAUGUGCUGUGACACUUGUGCUACCCCCCUCCCCCACACAAUUUUUGUAAAAGGAAUACACACAAAUAAAAUCAGAAUAAAAUUAGGUCAUUACCACUACCACAUAGGUGAUCAGAGGGCCUGGGAGAAGUACAAGUAAUCAAGGAUGGUAGACUUAGAGCAGUGAUUCUCAACCUCCUUACUGCUGUGGCCCUUUAAUAUAGUUCUUCAUGUUGUGGUGACAACCCCCACAUCAUAAAAUUUUUUAUUGCUACUUUAUAACCGUAAUUUUGCUACAGUUUUGAACCAUAAUGUAAAUAUCAGUGUUUUCCAAUGGUCUUAGGUGACCCCCAUGAAAAGAGCAAUCAAUCCAAAGGGGUCGCAACCCAUGGUUGAGAACCGCUGGCUUAGAAUCUAGACCAGCACCUUUCUCUCUCCGAGUCUGUAACAGGUCACGGUCUGCUUGUUACAGUUGGUCCUAGGUGUUUGGGACGAGAAGCUAGUACUGUGUUGUUUGGUGGCCUCUGGACUGGGUGUUUCUCUAAUGCCUGUGGCAAAUGCUAUGCUAAUUCACUUCAGUUUUCCUCUUCCAGGCCACCACUACCCUCCCCGUCUUGCCUCUGCUCAGUCUUCAGAGGGGGUUGUUUUGUGGGACAUUGCUUCAUGCAGGUGUUUAUUCAAAUCUCCAGAUAGAUAGUUUUCCAGCUAUUGAUGAAAAUCAGAAGGUUCUUUACUUAACUGGGCAGCAGGGGGCAGUAGAGACCAUAUAAUCUUCACAUUUCCAAGCCCUGUUUUUUACCAACAACCUUCCAGUAAAGGCAAGCUCUCCGAAUCUCUGUUUUCUUUUCUUUCAGUUGCCCUGUGUCUGAACUUUUUUUUUCAUCUUUGCUUCAUAGUUUUUAAUUACAGAUAUUUUUUAUUUAUUUAUUUAUUGAAGAUUUCUGUCUCUUCCCCACCACUGCCUCCCAUUUCUCUCCCCCUCCCCCAAAAAAGUCCCCUCCCUCGUCAGUGUCUGAACUUUAAUCAUAGCUCAGUUAUACUGCCUAGGACCUUCUGCCUGUUCUUUGUUCCUGAAGAAGCCCUCGGAGAUGUGAUAUGGACACGUGUUAACUUACAGUUAGGGUCAUGGAAUGUCAGUUUCUUCUUUAAAUUUCUGUAGGGAUUAUUCUAAACUCCAUUAACCCUUUCCUUUCCAGUGAAGUGUUCCUUAUAUAGAAGUGCCUGUAUAGAGGUUUGCAUCACAUUACAAUAACUAAUAAGGGCUAAAUCUCACGUGAGGUUUUAUGAGAGGCAGGUAGACAGGGCUAACAGCAGAUGUGGGAGUGUGGAGGCCGGAACAUUGAGAGAGUAAGUCCCUUGAUGUUCACUGAAGUCUAUGGGGAACGGGGAGGAUCAUUCCUGUAUUUCCUCAGACAAAACACAGAGGCUUAAUAUAUCCUGUCUAAACAUGGAGGUUGAUGAGGUCUCCGACUUCUGGGAAGCACACAGAUCUGAAGGCAUAGGGACCUUUACUUCAUCUCAAUACAGGUGCGAUGUUCAGGGUACAAGUAAGAGGAAAGGAAGAAUGAGAGGGCCUGCUCCUGGCUCGGCUUUGCUACACAGAAGCAACAUACAUAACAGAACGGAAGCUGGCCAGGGCCGAUGAGGUGGAGAGUUUGGGCUUUGAGCUUUCUUCUUUCAUUUUUUUUUCCUAUAUGCAUAGCUCCAGAGAGUAAGCCACCACUAUCUGAGCAAACAGGACUCAGUUGUACCGAAAUGUUAUUCAAGCAGUUGGAAAUUCCUUUCUCUUGGAGAGGAAGUAGAUGGGAAGAAGGUAGGACCUCUUUCCCUCUAUUCGUAAAAACAAGCAAACAAACAAAACACAUUCACAGUACUUUGGUCUGCAAUCAAUAUUUCCAAUAGAGUUUCUGCCUCGUAUCCCAAGGUAGCCAAGAAUUUGUCACUAUACAAACCACACCUCCAUGUUUCAUUUGCUUUGACUCUUCCCCUCCUGGAAUUGAUUAUUUACCCACCUGUUGGACUCCUUAAAACCCAGCCCAGAACAAUUUGGUCUCAGAAGCUUUCUUUUACCCUCUGAGGCAGAAUUAGUAAUCUUUCUCUUGCCACAUUACCUGUUUGACUCCCCCAUUAAACUGGACUUUCAGACGACAGGGACCAUUUUGCUGUUCUGAGGUGCGUGUGUCUGAUACUUAAAGCAUCUGGCGCUGAGAUCUUAGCCCGUCUCUGAGUGAUGAAGAGAACUUGAAAGUGUUUGGGAAAUGCAACAAUCCCAAUGGCCACGGGCACAACUAUAAAGUUGUGGUGACAGUACAUGGAGAGAUCGAUCCUGUUACAGGAAUGGUUAUGAAUUUGACUGACCUCAAAGAAUACAUGGAGGAGGCCAUCAUGAAGCCCCUUGAUCACAAGAACCUGGACCUGGAUGUGCCGUACUUUGCAGAUGUUGUGAGCACGACAGAAAAUGUAGCUGUCUAUAUCUGGGAAAGCCUCCAGCAACUUCUUCCUAGAGGAAUACUUUAUAAAGUAAAAGUGUAUGAGACAGACAACAACGUUGUCAUAUAUAAAGGAGAAUAGGUCUUAGAGUUGAAUUAUAGAGAGGCUGACUGCUUUUCUUAGUUGAAGAAGCUCUUUGUCCCUUUAGACUAUCCAGCAGUCAUCACAUACUUGUGUCUCUACAUUGUGUUCUGGAUUGCCUGAGCGUUUAAAUGUGUAAAGUCCACAUUUAAAUGUAUUUAAAUACCAAACUUAAAAUAUAUUUUUAGUGAGGAAGCAGGGGAGAGCUGAGGACUGAACCAGGGUCUCACCCACGCCAAGCAUUCUGAACUGCUUGCUUGUGAUGGUGGUGUAUUCCAAUCCUCUCUGUGCCAUUUAGAGAUCUGUUGUCUAGAGAUUAAAAAUUAUUUCAUUCUCAGCAGAAUGCUUUGGUGUGGAAUUAUUUAGAGACAAAAUAAACCCAUUUUCAUUAUAUGUA